AUGACCUGGGGCUCUGCUCGACAAGCUCGUUUCCUCGAUGCGCCGGACGCAGUUGAGUAUCUCAAACGUGUCAAGCAACACUUUACAGGCGACUCGGGGGCAUUGGCUACUUUAUUGCGUCGAAUCCGUAGUUGGAUCGAGACUGAAAGCACAAACCCUGUUUAUGAGCGAUCAGCUGUUGCCAUUGCGUGUAUAUUGAGGACCAACCCUCCUUUGUUACAUGGGUUCAAUUCUCUGCUCAGGAAGGGUUACAGAAUUGAGUUUUCCAACAAAGUUGAGAUUGUAGAUCUCUUUGUGUGGACAACUCCCGCCGCCGCAAUGAUACGGUCUUUCUCGGGGUCGAAUGUACCGAAUCCAGGCUCUGCCGCAGAACUUCGGGAUUGGCUUUCUUUGGAUCAUGGGCUGGAGGACCUAUUGAAGUUAGACUACGGAAAGUAUGGGGAUGAGUAUCCUACAUGCCUUUCUCAACUCUUACAAUUUAUCAUGGACGACACUACCACGGAUACGAAUCCUGCGACGGCUUCUCGUUGUAGGCGCAAAGCAUUACGAUUUCUCCGACAAUUAGCGACCAAGCGGUCUAUAUUGCCGCCCUCAUUGUUCUUAAACAAUCUGAAACGUGAAGGUAGUAGUGGAGUGCAGCAUGCGGUGGGGGGAGGAGCCUUUGCCGACAUCUACAAGGAUCGCAUUCAAGGUACAGUUUUCUGUUUCCGUGUCUUGCAGGUUCUUGUUUGGAGACAACUUAAACACCCGAAUAUCCUCCCUUUCAUAGGAGCGAGCACAGAACUGUUUUCUCCCCGAUUCUGCUUCAUUUCGCUCUGGAUGGACAGGGGUGACAUCAUGUCCUACUUAAAACAAAACCCACGUCAUGAUCGAUUCGCUGCGGUCUGUCAAAUCGUUGAUGGAGUAGAAUAUUUGCACACCCUUGACCCCCCUAUCACUCACAAGGACAUCAAAGGGGCCAACGUGCUCGUAACUGACGAAGGUAUUUGCUGUCUGGCGGACUUUGGUCUCUCCUCUAUCUUUGAUUCACAACGAGUGGAUAAGUCGCCUGGACUCCAGGGAUCGAUAUGUUGGCUCGCGCCUGAGCUCAUGCAGCCAAUCUACACCGGGAAACCUCCUUUCUGGGACCUUCCCCACAGUUUUGCUGUCAUGCGCGAAGUUUCAAUUGAAAAGCAAAGGGCUCCGUUACCGCCAGAAGGGACGUGGACUUACGAAGAGGAGCAACUAUGGGUUCUAGUUGGGCAAUCAUGGGUUGAAAAUCCUGAGGAGCGAUAUGAAAUUAGGGAGAUCAAGAACUUCUUGAAAGACCUUGUCUGUGAUAAAACUCUUGAAGGACCUCAGGGGGGUUCGCCUUCUCCAUCGCCAGAAACUGACAGUGCGAGCGAGGCAGCGCGAGAUCUCGACAGAGUUAGGGUAUGGCUUGAUAAAGAGCUUUACGGGUAUUCGGCCUCACUCAUUGGAAGAACAUCUAGAUUCGCCGAUAACCAUUUCGAUUUCAAGACGCCACCACGCUCAAGAAGAAGUCAACCAGCUAGCCAAGUUUACUCAGGAUAUCGCAAACAGUAUGCACGUGAGGAUCCGUCACCCUAUGACACCCCUGCAAGUGAUCUUGGAGGGAGAGCUUGGUAUCUCGGGUCGCCCGCUCGAUGUAGUGCUGAAGUACUGGUAACUUUCCCCGCUACUCGUUCCUUUUUGAGUUCUUACAAUCAGGCAAUUCCUGAGCGUUUCGACUGGGUCUUGACGAUGAUUGGCUCAAUCUUGAUGUGCAACUUCUCGAAUGGUCUGGCAACUCCUCGGCUUGAAAUUUCGAUUAAGCUUCGUGCCUCACGCCUGGAUCUUGCGGAGGUGGUGCGAUUUUUGCACAUUUCUCUAGGCCUCUCUAGCAGGAUGUCGGCGUCCAUGAAUUCCGCCCAGGUUCAGUCUUUGAAUGGACCAGACAGCAUCGCUUACCUAGAGUGUCUCAAAGGCGCACUCUCCGAACUCGAUGCUGAUCCCAUACCUCUAUUUCACCUUUUAUUCGACCUCGUUUGGAGAGACCGCAACAGCUUGAAGAUCACUAAUCUCAUUGUCCAAAUUGCAAGCUCGCUUCGAUCGUCGCGUCACCUUCUCCGUGGUUUAAAUAUCGUAUUGCCGAAGGGGUUUCAGGUUGAAAUUAAUGCUGAUCUUCAUGACCAAUCUGAUUUCUUCGUCCUCGUAACUCCUUUUGUCUCUCGCAUCGUGUUGGUGUCAGGUUUGAAAUUGCCAAGUCCAGAAACCAACCAUGAGCUUCGUAAUCUCCUCAAUGAACCUCAGGGGAUUAACAAGCUCCUUGAGACUGAAGCCAGCCCUGCCUGGUUUUCCGCCAUCUCUCAACUUCUACAGAAUGACAUCUAUACGGGGAAGCUCGGGAAUAAGCCGGUCUGCGUAAAGGCGCUGCGGAUCAAAAGUCUUGUCGGCUCGCGCUUCUGCCUCAUUUCGCCGUGGAUGAGCAAUGGCAAUAUAAUGAAAUACCUAUCACAACACCCCAAUCACGACCGAUUUGUUUCUGCCAAUAUACUGGUGAAUGACAAGGGUGUUUGUUAUUUGGCAGACUUCGGCCUUGCAUCCGUCGCUCAAUCGCAACGUCUCGAUAGCAGUACAGGGGGGAUUGCAGGCUCAAUGUGUUGGCUCGCCCCUGAAAUCUUAAGGCCUGAUUCCACAUCUGAUCAGGAUGAGAAGCCACGCGACAUUUAUGCUUUCGCCUGCACCAUCUAUGAGAUAUUCACAGGCAACCCCCCCUUUCAUGACCGUGGUCAUGGUGCAAUGUUCGCCAUCAUACGAGGUGAAUGGCCUGCCCUACCUCCUUCGGGGGUAUGGUCAACCGAGGAAAAAAACAUGUGGGCGUUGGUUGCCAAAGCGCGGGCGCCAGAAUUAACCGAAAGAAUGAAAAUUCGGGAGAUCAAGAACGCCUUACGAGGGGCUCGUAUCUCCCUCGAAGAAUCUAGAUCAACAGUCGCCGACGAAGGUCGUCAACUUAUCGUAGACAAUGAAAACAUCCUUAACGCGAGGGUCUGGCUCGAGAAAGAGCUCAGUAAUUCUGCGACGGGAGAUGCUGUCGUUGACUCUUUUACCCCAUCUAUCGAGGAGGGGGUAGGAACUCCAGACUUCCGAGACACUCGUGAAUCAAGUGCGCUUGGGAGUCUUUGUCCUGAGCUUCGAGAAAGCCAUGAUUUGAAUGACAAAGGGUCUCCCAGGGGAUCUCCUUCGACACCUUCCCCUCUGCAUCUGGAUUUCUGGAAUGUCCGUUAUACUCAUGGACUGGCGACACCUAUUAGUCCCUCGCCAUCGCCUUUAAAUCCACAUGCAAUACCAUUUGCACCAUGUGCACCAUGUGUGGCUGUGUUACCACUCACGACCGCCGAAUCCUUACUUGAACCGUCUAAGAAUUCUUCCAACCCAGUUACAGGGGAAGAGUCGACGCAUUCUUUUCAAACGGUUAAUGGUCGGCUACCAGAGACCCAGAUCCGGCCUCGACCGGUUCCCUUGCGUCUCAAGCCAACUUCACCAGCAUUUAUUCCUUCAGCUGGGUUCAACCGUAAUAUUUUGAACAUCGAUAUCCCUUCUGUUACACCCCCAUCAAACAUUUGUGACAUUCUUCAAUCUCAUCUACCAACACCAGUAUCACCGCCAACAACCUCUCAAAAAGAUGACGUGGUUUUUGAUUGUUCGGCCCUCUGUUCCUCUUUGGCUUAUCCCCCCUUUGGGGAAUCGGCCGAAAAUUGUGAAAAAUCCCGUUGUUCAAACCAUGAACCAUCCGAUGCUCGUAUAUCUGCAGCCGUGGGCACAAAACUCCAAUCGCAGCCAUUAGCAACUACUUCUAUUGACAGCAAUACGAGAUCUGGGGUCAGAAAGUUAUCUGUUAAGGCCGAUGCGUUUUUUCCAAUGGCUUCAAGACGUUCGACAGCUCUGAGCCCUAUCAUGGAGGUUAAAGUGUCACCUGCAGGGGCUGUCUCGGUAAUGCCAUCGAUUUCUCAGGGUGUACAACGCAAGCUCGAUGCUUCCGUUGCUGUGUUUGUUCCACGGGGAGUUCUGUCAUCUUUGAAACAGGCCUCGACUCUCGACCAAGCUCAGCUUUUUUGAUGAUUCCGACAGCUUGUGACCUCAGCUUCUCGGAUCGAUAGUGAAUUUUAUGACUUUUGCCAGUUAUCCACUC